AUGGCAAAUUCCUCAGCACUUCCGACUUCAGGCGCCUCCGCGCCCUCUUCUGCUUCUGUCACGGCCUCCACCUCAAGCUCUGCCGUCUACUCGUCACAAAAAAUGACAGUAACACUGGAUAUUUUACGUAUACAGCAGCUCCAAAUUUCCAAGGUAUUUCAAGACAAUAGCAAAGAAAUCACUUCCGCAGAUUUUGACGACGAGGGAAAACUUUGUAUAACGGCGUCGGCGGACGAUUCUAUUAAUUUGUAUGAUAGUAUUCGGGGAAUAUCUCAAAAACUUUUAUUCAGUAAGAAAUAUGGCGCACAUCCCAUACGAUUUACGCAUUCACCUACGACCAUAUUACAUGGAUCAACCAAAAGAGACAAUAUGAUUAGGUAUUUAUCGGUCACCGAAAAUAAAUAUCUCUCAUAUUUUAGAGGUCAUGAUGGAAGAGUUGUUUCAAUGGCAAUGAGUCCCGCAGAUGAUACAUUUAUAUCAUCGGCAAUUGACGACUCCAUUAUAAUAUGGGACUUUAAGGCACCCUCGCCACAAGGUCGUGUUUAUGUUGGGAAAGGAAGGCCAUCGGUAUCAUUUGAUCCUACAGGAAUGAUAUUUGCUUCAGCAAUACAACAGGAUAAUAAAGUUCGAUUAUACGAUUUACGAAAUUUUGAUAAGGGACCAUUCACACAAUUCAUUAUAAUCGAUCCUUACCUCUCUGCAUACUCUUAUCCACGACCUGGUACUCAAAUGCCUACGUGGACUGGCAUUAAGUUCAGCAACGAUGAAAAACAUAUCCUGAUUUCGACUAGUGGGGAUCAGCAUUAUUUGAUUGACGCGUUUUCGGGGGAGCUGAAACGUCGGUUGGUUGGUCAUGUGGGAUUGGGUGACACGAUAAAUGGGUAUGGUGGCGAUGAUACGUGUUUUACCCCUAAUGGCGCUUUUGUGAUUUCUGGCUCACAAGAUGGCUUGAUAAACAUAUGGGAUAUUAAUACUUCUACAGUGUUACAAAGCGAUUUAAGACCAUGUAAACAGUUAGAGGGACACACUAAACCGACACAAGUGGUCCAAUUCAAUCCAAGAUAUAUGUGUAUGAUUAGCGCUUGUCAUGAAAUGGUAUUUUGGGAACCUAUGCCACCUGGAAACUCUUCUGACUCGAAUAAUAUUGACGCGAUUACUG